AUCCAGAACAUGAGCCAACACAUUAAACACUAGAUCCCAAUCAUUUCUUCUUGUGUAUGUUUUAGAGAACUGUUUUUCACAUUUUACACACAGGCAAUCUAUUUACUUUCACUUUCAGUUUAUAUAAAUUCUACGGUCUAAUUUAUUUUUAUAUUUCCAUGAAUUGUUUUCAACAGACCCUAGCACAGAGCCUGUUCCUUCUAGUGUGUGUACACAACAAGUUAGUGUGUUCAGUGGUAAAACUUGAUCAGGACUUUGUUUUCGAUGGAUCAGUAAUAUUAAUAAAUGGACAGACACUGUGUAAUUCGAACAGUAAAAUAAAUAGUGUGUAAUUUAUAAAACGCUGACAACUUCUUGUGAAAAUGUAAUGCGUGUAUAUGCAUGGAGUACAAAUAAAAGUCACAGAAUAAAGCUACACUAAUUGUACUAGAUUUCUAGUACCAAAUAAUCAAUUUGUUUUUCGAUUAUGGUUAUGUUGAGUAUGAGUGUUAAGAAAUAAGAGGAAGAACUCAACAAAGUUUUUAUUUCGUCCAUAUUUUCGGAAAAACGGACUGUCAUACAGCGCCUCACUUCAAAGAAGUUUUUCGUCCGUCAGGUUUUAAAAGACAAAAUGGCUGCGGCCCGCACGUUCAAAAAAAUAGUGCACCCACACUUCAGCGCAGUUGAAAACCGAUUCGAGUCUUUCAGAAACUCGGCACAUUUCAGUCCGUCGGAAACAGAAUUGUUCCAUCGACUAGCCUCUGAAGGAUUUCACCUGAAAAGAAAUUACGUCGACGACGAUGCUAUCUGCUGUUUUGCGUGUGGGACAGAAAUCAGCUUGCCGCCCACGCUUUCCUUGUAUAGGUGUUCGGAAGCACGAAUUCAACACCGUCAGUGUCCGUUCGCCUACAUUUUUUCACAGAAUGUAGAUCAAGAACACACACCAACCGCAAGAAGAAUUAAUUUAAAAUGGCUGCUUCAAAGCUGCCACCCAUAGUGGCUACAAGUCGAAGUAUCGCUUAUACAGGAUUUAUUCGACCUAGUAAUCGAUUACGUUCUUUUACGCUCGUAAAUGAAUCGUAUAGCGCUAUAAUACGCGCGUAUAUUAAAAAGCUUGCAGAUCAAGGCUUUUAUUACGACGCUUUUCAGCCAGAUAAGCUGUUUCUAUUUUGCUGUGGUAAAAGCGUUAAUGUGACAGAUAUAGAAAAGGUGCUAUUGAAAUUGGAAUCACCCUUUUCGUAUCUUCACCAAAAGCUACAUACGUCUAAUACCUGCUUGUGCUUUGUGUUGCAAGCAAUUAUGUUACAGCGUUUAGCUGAUGAAGAAGAGAUUGUUGAUAACUGGGGUGCGUCAUCCUAUUUUACAGAUUGCACUGAGUGUCCAUACGUAAAAUCGUCUUUCGAGUUUACGUGCUGCAAUCAAAUCAAGAUGAUCUGCGGCUACUGCUUUUGUAAAAAGUUAGAGCUGCAAUUUGACAUUGACGUACACAACGAUGUACACUCUGCGACCAAUACACUCCACUUCAGAGAAGAAAAGAAUCCUGAGAGUACAGUCCCUUACAUUACUUGCCCUUUCUGCAAGCAGGGUCUUAAAUUUAGGCCCAUAUAAAUGAACAUUGUCAGUCAUGUUUUAAUGAGAAUAAGGAGUAAAGAGUUUCUCAAUCACUUACUAAAGUAGGGUGGGGCCCUGGGCUAUAGAUGACUGGAUUAAAAAUUAUCCAGAUUAAAAUGCCCUGGAUUAUAAAUAGUCCAGGGGUAUAAAUGCAUGGGUUAUAAUAUAUGACCCAGCUAACAAAUUGUGAAUGAUCCGGGUUAUAAAUUCCCGGGUUAUGUAUCAAUUGUGUAAUAAACUAUAAAUACCUGGCCAAUGAAAAAGUUUCUCAAAAUUAGCAAGGUGCUUUGUUUUAUGCAACACUAUCUUUUGCAUUUGAGUGGCAUUAAAAAAUUAAUAGAAAAACUAAAUUGCCAACCAAAAGAAAUUAUUUGUAAAGAUGUGUUCUGAGACUGUGAAAUUUGUCCAUGAACCAUUUAAGUUUAUAACCCAGGGCCCCAAUGAAAAUAAAAAACAAGGUAAUAUAUUUAUUUUCAAAAACUUGAAGAAACAACUAUUGAUGAAAAUGUUUAGUCUCAAUCUUUUUCUCAUUUAUUCUUAAAGAAAUUCAAUAAACAAUUUUAUAUUUUAUUGAUAGAAUAUAAAAUAUGGCUGUUCAAUUUU